AUGACCGCGCUCUUCAACUUCCAAUCUCUUAUCGUCGUCAUCCUCCUCACCAUCUGCACCUCCACUUACGCACACUACUACUUCCCAGCCUUCAUGGACCGCAACGGGCACAACUACUUCAUGGGGCUGUUCUGGAAGUGCGCACGCAUCGGCGAGCGUCUGAGUCCCUAUAUUGCCCUUGCGCUAGUGUUCAUGGCAGUAAGUGUUGAUUAA